AUGGACCUUGUAUUAAGUAUAGCAAGCGUACGGAUUAGAUGCAUUCUACUACCUACCGACAAGCUCUUAAUCCUCCCCCCCCCACCCAUUUCGACUUUAGUGGUCGAACGGGGACUCGGUCAGCUGGUGCAGCUGCCCCUCGCUCAGAGGGGUGAACGUUCCUUGCAAGCCGAGUUCGUCCGCGGCCAAUGCCUCGAACGUCCUCCUCUCUCUCUUACCCUGUUGACCCCCUCACCUCCCCGUGCCGCUCUGCCCGCGCCCUUCCUGCAUGGCAUCACCCCGGUGGCAUCAGCGGGAGACCCGGUGGACCCGAGUGCGGGGUGGCCCACAGAGGUGGAGGCGAGGGUGGCAGUGACGACGGCGGCGAGAGUGGGCGCUGCUCCCGCCGGUACGGCGCCCGCCGGCGUGAGCACGGUUGCGAGCGUGCAGUGGGGGAGCGCCAGCAGCUUGCCGGGGGGCGGGGCGAGUGGGCCGUGCUCCCGGGUGUCGUUCUUCCCGGGUGCCACCUGCAACGGCGCCGUCAUGCAACACAUCUACUCCUACUCCAGGUCCGUGCACGUGCCCGGCAGUGCUAGGCAGUGCCGUGGAUCUGGGUGGACGAUGCGUGUGGGGCAAGGUUGGGCACGGGUGGGGGAUGGGAAGGUUCUCUUCUUCCCCCAAGCAGCAACACCGCGGCCUUCACAUCAUCCCAAGCACUCGCGUCAGUUGUCUGCGGAAUCCGCUUCUAAAUCAGCGAGCGAGGUUUGGCAGAGAGAGUCCAAUGUGAAUGUGCUCGUGCCAUGUGCAGCGUCCUCGACGGUGUGCAAGUACACCACAUGCCCCGCCAACUCCGCGUGCUGGGAGACAAGCGACAUCGACAGCAGGGCUGCCACCUGCCGCUGCAAGGACGGCUAUGCUGUCAUCAACGGCACCUGCCAAGGUACCGUGCUGUGCUUGCCUGGGUGCACGGCUGUGGUUGCCAAGGUGCAAAAGGACUGUGCUUGCUAG